AUCGCUCCACUGGGCUGGCAGAUGCCAUGUGCCCCCUCUCACCUCUCUUUCUCUCCACCCCCGCAGGGCCCAGCUGUGUCAGAUGGAGAGUUAAAUGCAUCCAGGGCCCGUGGCAGCAACCACAGCGUGAACAGCCUGCCAGGACCACCGGCCACCUGUGGCUCUGCACAGGGGUCUGUGGUCAGUUGGGCCGAAUCCUUCGAGACGUUGCUGCAGGACCGUGUGGCCGUCACCUACUUCACUGAGUUCCUCAAGAAGGAAUUCAGUGCCGAAAAUGUCUACUUCUGGCAGGCAUGCGAGCGCUUCCAGCAGAUCCCAGCCAGCGACACACAGCAGCUGGCCCAGGAGGCACGGCGAAUCUACGAUGAGUUCCUCUCCAGCCACUCGGUCAGUCCCGUGAACAUUGACAAGCAGGCCUGGAUUGGGGAGGACAUGCUGGCCACCCCCUCCCCAGACAUGUUUCGCACCCAGCAGCUCCAGAUCUUUAACCUGAUGAAGUUUGACAGCUACACGCGCUUUGUGAAAUCCCCACUCUACCAGGCCUGCUUGCGGGCAGAGAGCCAGGGGCAGCCCCUGCCCGAUCUGCGUCCCCACUCCCGCAGCAGCAGCCCCCCGCCUGACCUCAGCAAGAAGUCAAAGCUGAAGCUGGGCAAGUCCCUGCCGCUGGGUGUGGAGACGGCAGGCAGUGGUGCCAACCGCAGCCCCCGCCGGUCCUUCAGGAAGGGGGAGCGGCGGGAGCCCUCCUGGGCAGGUAGGUGCUGUGUCAAGUGGGGCAGAGGGGCUGUGCCACCCCUGAAGGGUGCCCACGAGCUGCCAGCCAAGGCCAUGAAGUACUGCUGCGUGUACCUGCCCGACGGCACGGCCUCGCUGGCCUCCAUCCGGCCUGGCCACUCCAUCCGCGACAUGCUGGCAGGGAUAUGCGAGAAGCGUGGCUUCAGCCUGCCCGACAUCAAGGUCUACCUGGUGGGGAAUGAGCAGAAGGCACUGGUGCUGGACCAGGAAUGCUCCGUGUUGGCAGACCAGGAGGUGAAGCUGGAGAACAGGAUAAGCUUUGAGCUGGAAAUCUCCUCCCUCAAUAAGACCAUCCGCAUCACGGCAAAGUCAACCAAACGCAUCCGGGAAGCGCUACAGCCCGUGCUGGGGAAGUACGGCGUGAGCAUAGAGCUGGCGCUGCUGCGGCGGCAAGGUGAGCCAACCACCCUGGACCUGGAGAAGCUGGUCAGCACCGUGGCUGCUCAGAAACUUGUCCUGGAAACACAGGCAGACAUGCGAGUGAUGGAGAGCACUGAGGCUGCGGCUGCCCCCUCCCCGCUCCGGAGUGAGGAGGGAAGCCCAACAGGAGCAGAGCCUGAUACGCUGUGGGAGAUGCCCACCUCCUUCUCCCGGCCCCGGUCUUCAGCUGCCACAAACCUGAACCGCCGCACGUAUGACCUGGAAGGGCUGGUGGAGCUGUUGAACCGUGCCCAGAGCUGCCGGGCCAACGACCAGCGUGGGCUGCUCUCCAAGGAGGACCUGGUACUGCCUGACUUCCUCCAGCUCCCCGGGCAGGACAACAGCACCUGCAAAGGGUCGGAUCAGCCCCGCAGCCCUCACCCAGGUGCCAAGGGAAACGGCCAUCCUCAGCCUGCAGAGCCUGCACCGGCUCAGCCUCCAGUUGACCAUGAGCUCCGAUGAGCCCUGCUGCACGUCCACACCUGGCGCGUGGUACCCCCGGGCCAUGCCGGGGUUCAACAUGGGGCCCGACCGGCCCCUGCCCUGCACCGCCGACACUGCCUGGACCGCAGAUUCGUCCACGUCCUGUCCCAAACUGUUGUGUCGUGUCGCUGUGAGUGGUUGAGCAGCUGCCAUGCCCCUUGGUGGGGUCGCAUCCUGGUGCACGUCAAGGGAGCCCUGUACAUAGUUUGAAACCCCGUUGCAAAGCACUUUGCAACGUCCCACGCAUGCCUGGCACUGUCCUGCCCAGUGCCUCUGCCUGCUCUGCCUGUGGCAGAGCUGCCCGCCCAGCAAAUCCUGCCUGUGCCAGGCUGGCACAGCCCUGCUGACUGUUCAGGUGGGGAAAGCACCCUUCCAACCAAAGGGUGUGAGGGAUAGAGAGGGUGGGUGGGGUGGCAAGGCAGGCUCCAGCCCCAAACCCCAGUGCUCUGGGCAGGCGGGGUCAGGAGAAUGUGUGUCUGGAGCGGAGGGCUGGAUCUGGUCCCUGACCCCGCAGGAACAGGGCUUCCCCCAUUGUUGAUGUGCAGGUCUACCCUUCCCGGGGAGGGUGGGCAUGGCCCUGCAGGCCUGUGCCCAGGCAGGUUGUUACCAUCAGCAUUGCCUGAGUGUGGCUGGGCCUGAUCCUGCCACCAUAGCACUGCUGAGGCUGUGCCAAAGAAGCCUUCCUCCUUCCCGCACGGAGACCCUACAUGGGCGGCUGAAGCGACCCGCAGGAGCAGAUCCCCAUAGGUCCCCUGCCCCUUGGCCCUCAGGGACAGGCCUGCCUGGUGCCAGAGUAAUGCAGCACCCCUGGGUGCUGAGCAUCUCAGCCUGGUGCACAGGUACCCAGCGUAUGCCCAGCCUGGCAUCCCUGCUGGCGGCUGUGUUGGGCUGUAACCUUGGGCCCGGCUCUGCCAGACCUGGCUGUGCCCCGCAGAUCCCCAUGCCCAGCAGCCCCAUGUCCCCAGAGGUCCCAGACCCAGUCUGCAAUGGAGGCAGCCCUCCGACAGCAGCCAGGAGAUCCCUCCAUCAUCUGCAUGUGCCAGGCCCCUUCCCUGGGUCACUGCUCUGUCACCAGUGCCUGGCCAGAGGCAGAGGGGUGGCCCAGGGCAGCCCCAGGGCUCGCCCAGGGACAGGGACCCUGUCCAUCCAGCCCCAUGCUGCCGCAGCCGGCUGCGGCCCCAGUCAGAGCCCCCCUGU